UUUACGUGUUUCCUCCUUCAUUUCAUGCUAGCUGUUUGAUUCAGUUAGCAAGUGCGCCGGGUCUUUUAAAUUCUCUCGUGUAGUUUGUUAUUAAACGGUUAUUGGAACUAGUGUAAAUUGAAAACUUUUUUUCGGAAGUUUUAUUAAAAUUCAAACAACAAAAUGAAUAUACGAAACGCGAGGCCGGAGGACCUUAUGAACAUGCAGCACUGUAACCUGUUGUGUCUCCCAGAAAACUACCAGAUGAAAUACUACUUCUAUCACGGAUUAUCCUGGCCUCAGCUUUCCUAUAUAGCAGAGGACGAAAAUGGUAAAAUUGUUGGAUAUGUGCUGGCAAAAAUGGAAGAGGACCCUGAUGAUGUACCUCAUGGACAUAUUACUUCAUUGGCAGUGAAGCGAUCCCACAGACGUCUCGGUCUGGCCCAGAAGUUGAUGGACCAGGCGAGCCGGGCCAUGAUAGAAAACUUUAACGCUAAAUAUGUCUCACUUCACGUUCGCAAAAGCAACCGAGCGGCUUUACAUCUGUACUCCAACACCCUCAAGUUUCAGAUCAGUGAAGUUGAACCAAAAUAUUAUGCAGAUGGAGAAGAUGCCUACGCCAUGAAGAGAGACCUGGCUCACAUGGCCGAUGAGCUGAGGAAGCCUGGCGUGCGCGUGUCGAGUCAAGAAGCAACAUCUGGCCAGAGCCCAUCAGGCUCCGGCGAACAAGAGAGAGAAAGCGAGAGAGACAGUGGAGGAGAGAGCAAAGAGUUGAGUGAAGUCAGCGAGGCAACAGAAAGCACAGACGUUAAAGAUUCUUCUUCUGACUCACAAUGACGCCGCAGUUCUUGAUAUUUUUUAAAGCACCCAUUUUUAUCACAAUUUGCAGCUGUUUCUGACUUUGAAGGCUGGCUAUCUUGACUAUCAAAGCUGCAUCUCUUUAUUUUUUUUUCUCUGCUGUGAUGAACAGAGUUGAGUCAAUGUGUUGUUCAAAUUAAACUAAACUUAUUGGACGAAGCA